AUGACGGUUCCCAGCGCGGAUAGCUUCGACUUUGUGGUUGUCGGCGGUACGUCUCACUCGUUUCUUCCUUUGUUGACAAGAGGUACUGCUGGUAAUGUGGUGGCCGGGCGACUGGCCGAGAACCCCGAGGUCCGCGUGCUGGUCAUCGAAGCGGGUAUCGCAAACCCUCAAGACAUCGAGAAGAUCACCACCCCGGCUACCGCCUUUGACCUGCGCGGCAGCAAGCAUGACUGGGCCUACAAAACGACCAUGAUCAACAGGCCCUCCUACGAGCGCGCCGAGAAGCCCAACACCCGUGGAAAAGUCCUCGGGGGUAGUAGCUGCUUGAACUACUACACCUGGAUCCCGGGUAGUAAGGGCACCUUUGACGCGUGGUCCGAGUACGGAGGUCCGUCUUGGACGUGGGAUGGGUGCCAGGAGUAUUUCAGCAAGCCAGCAACAUACCACGACGACGACAACCUGUAUCCCAACGAGCUGGCCAAGAUCGGUCGCGACGGACCGGUGCACGUCUCGCACGCGGACCUCGUCCCCGAGCUGCGGCCCUUCCGCGACGCACUCACCGUGGCCUGGACGGGCGCGGGCCACCCCGUCAGCGAGGACAUCUACUCCGGCAAGAUGGAGGGGCUCACGCACUGCGUCACCAGCAUCUACCGGGGCGAGCGAUCGUCCAGCGGCGCGUACCUGACCGGCAAGACGAACGUGGUGAUCAUGCCCUCGUGCAUCGCCAAGAAGAUCAACUUCGACGGCGACACCGCCGUCAGCGUCACCGUGCUGGGGCCGGACGGGUCGGAAGAGGUGAUCAUCGAGGCCAAGCGGGAAGUCAUCGUCGCGUGCGGCGUCUUCGAGACCCCCAAACUGCUGAUGCUGUCGGGCAUUGGGCCCAAGAAGGAGCUCGUGCGUCACGGCAUCGAGCCCGUGGUCCACUCGGAGCACGUGGGCCAGAACCUCCUCGACCACCCCAUCAUGCCGCAUGUGUUCCGGCUGAAGGAGGGCAUGGGGCUGGAUAGCCACCUGCUCCGGGCCGGGCCCGCGCACACCGCCGCCGUGCAGAAGUACCGGGAGAGCAGGCAGGGGCCCUACAGCAGCGGACUGCUGGAGCUGGUGGGACUGCCUCGCAUUGAUGACCGUCUGGAGAGAUACAAGGAGUACCGGGAGGCGAAGGCGCAGAACGGGGGUAAGGAUCCGUUCGGUCCGGAGGGACAGCCGCAUUUCGAGAUCGACUUUGUGCCCAUGUUCUCCGAUGCCUUUCAGUGGCACUUCCCCGUGCCCACGGAGGGUGACUGGUUGACGGUCAUCGUCGACCUUCUCCGCCCACUCUCCCGCAACGGCGAGGUGAAGCUGAACUCCACCGACCCUCGCGACCAGCCGAACAUCAACCUGAACUUCUUCUCGAACGACCUCGACAUCAUCGCGCUGCGAGAAGGCGUCCGGUUCGUGGACGAGAUCCUGAUGCACGGCGAGGGCAUGAAGGACGUGAUCCGGGAGGAUUACCCCUGGCCCAUGCCGCGACACUCGGACGAGGCGAUGAAUAAGAUGAUUCUCGAGCACUCGCAGACUGGAUAUCACCCCUGUGGUACAUCCCGGCUUUCUCAGUCCAUUGAGCAGGGUGUGGUAGACUCGGAAUUGCGCGUGCAUGGCGUCAAACGGCUUCGCGUGAUCGAUGCAUCUAUCAUCCCGAUCAUUCCGGAUUGUCGCAUCCAGAAUGCGGUGUAUAUGAUUGGAGAGAAGGGUGCGGAUAUGGUCAAGGCUGCGUAUCCGGAUCUCUACCAGUGAGGAGAUGGCGGUUGGUGGAGCCGCCGAUUGCGCCUUUUCUUGAUGAAUGAUAAUGUGU